GUAUAUAAUGUAUGUAUGGAGUGCUUGAAUAUCGUUUGGUCUUGAGUCACCGUUAUAGGCCUAGAACUACUUGAAUUUUAAGUCUGUGAAUAUUCGCCAUAGAUCAAGAAAUAUUCCAGAAACAAUGCAGGACACAUACGCAUACAAGAGGAGAUAUAUAACGCUCAAAAGGAAAUGUGAUUCACUAGAAUUGAGUAAUGAAAGAGUUCUGAACAGACUGUGCCAUGUCAAGAAAUAUAUUCACAAGCUUUCUAGAGAAAGAAGGGGCCUCGCGAAGAAGCUGACAGAACUUGGAGAUGGAUUCAAGAAGAGUGAUUUGACAGUCCCGCUUGAGGAAGAACUGCCCGGUGCAAUGACGGGAGGAUCGGAUAGCCCAUCGCCCAGUGGACCGGCUGUAGGAGAAACCCUGGGCGGGUUUGGUCCAUUCACCCAAGGAGGACCGGUCAAAGGCGAGGAGAUGGUCACAGUGGUGCAGGAACCACCGCGACCUGUCGUUGUCCAGGUCAAGCCAAGGAAGAAAAGGACAAGGGAUUCCAACAAGCCUGAGAGAGAAAAAGAUCCUAACGCACCCAAGAAGCCUGCCAAUGCUUUCCUCAUGUACUGUCAACAAGAGAGACAGAAGGUACAGGAUGGUGAAGGCAACGGCAUCUACUCUGCGGAUAUGAGCCAUCAAGACCUCACCAGACAGCUGGCUAAACAGUGGAAGUUCUUAAGUGAAGAGGAAAAGAAGCACUACUACCUACUGUACGAGAAAGAGAAAGAUCGAUACGACAAGGCAGUCAAGAAGUAUGCUAAGGGAGCUGGACUUGACAAGAAGAAAUCAUCAAGGGAUAAUGGAAAUGAUGCAGAUUCAGAGACAAUCGAUGUGGUGAAGAUGGGCCAGGAGAAAGAAUGGAGGCCAAAGGUGUUCCGAGAGGAAAAGAUUACCUUGAAGACAUCCCACACCAGUGAAGAUCAAACUAUCGAUGUUGAGAAGGACGAGUUUGAGUUCACCGAUCCUCCAGGAAUGGCCGAGGAACCUAAGAUUUGCUUGGAGAAGAUUGACAAGAGCAAGCUCUUUGACAAAGCCAGAUUGUUCGGAUUACCUAGCUUGGACUCUCAAAAACACGAGAGUAGCGGAAGCAAAGCAGACACAGGCGGCAAGCAACUCAGAGAUUACUUCAUGAAGACAGAAAUGAGGCCGUUACCUAGGCCACAGAGGACAGACUUCAAAGGCCCGGCCAUUCUGGAGAUUGCAACGGGUCGUAAAUCUGCCUCACCGACCAUGUUGAGCCACGCAGCUCCGAAGAUGUUACCAGAAGCUCCUCUAAGACACGCAAUGGAGCUGAGCAUCAAGGAGCUUGUUGGCGCAAGACCUAGUUCCUUUGAGGUCAGAAACCCUGCAAUGAUAGAGCUCAAGAGCAAGGGAGAGGAGAGGACCGUGCUAGCAUCAGCUCUCCAGAAUAAACCCAUGUUUGACAUGAAGAUGCGAUCGAGCACAGACUACACCACCAAGCACAAACCAAUCCUAGAUGUCACAGGGCCACCUAGUGAUGCUUCGAACCCAUGGGGCAUGAUGUCUUCAGAAGUUAAGAGCAAGUUAGCUGUGGAAAUGAGAAGCAGGGUUAGUGCAGAGCAGGACAAACAUAAGACCUUGAUAGACUCGAACCCCAGGGCCUUUACAGAUUCAAAGGCCACCCUUGCAAGUGAAUUGCGAAGCAAGCCAUCUAACUCUGAGACCAUCAAGUGUGCUUCUCCCCUUGAAAGCAAGGUUAGGGGAUCCCCUGAAACCAUGAGAAGGGUGUCUUUGGACAACAAGAGAGCAGUGAUAGAGCUUAAGAAAAUCCCUGUAGACCCUUCUGACGAUCCCUAUCAUUUUGAUGAUUAACCCUCUGCCACCAAUUUAGGAACAAUCGUCAUCAACAAACUCUAAAAUGUAUAUCAGUAUAUAAUGUAAAUUCUGGGCUCAUCUUUGCAAAUUAUUGUGUAACUUGGCCUUAAAUAUUUUUUUAGUGGGAACGCCUCGUCAAUAUGUAUACCUGAUUCUACUUCAGAAAAAAAAAUAAAAAAUUAUUCAUCCAGAUGUGUAGUAGAACAUUACUAUUAAGUGCCGCCCACAGCAAGUAAGGCGUUCAACUCUUUACAUCUUGUGUCUCUUACAAGUUACACAAAGAAUGUGACCUUGACCGAUUAUAAAUAUAGUAUGUUAUGUAUUGGUUUGUACUGUCUAGUAAGAUCUUGUAAAGAAAUUUUAUUGGAAAAUAUUUGUGGUUCAUCUUUAUGGGUGUAGGAGGACCCAUGAGAGAGAAAGUUUAAGACCUGAUAUAGAACGAGUUUCUAUAUGUUUUGUAAUUUCUUAUUAUUCAAGGAGUCAUUCUUUACUGGUCAGAAGGUAAUAUUGGCAGGGUUGUGUAUGAAAAGUAGGAAGGGAACAAAUGUAUUUUAGUUCUAAAGGCAAAAGCUUUAGAGGAGAUACACAAUCAUUUGCUGGCCAGUCUUACUGACAAAAUUGAACACUGAAAACAAUAAAUUUGCAAAUAACCCACUGA